ACGCCCUGUUGACGACGACGCCCUCACGCAGACUACGCCGCCAUCACACGGAUCUGUAGCUGGAAGAUUUGCUCAGCCGGAACAGGGAGCCUGUUGGGCCAGCAGCAGCAAUAGCAUUGUUUUAAGUCGAAUUUGAAGGGGAUAGGGACAGAAACUCCACCACAACAACCCCAAACGCCUUAGCGAAUCACCAGCUCGAGCCCGGAGAUUCUGCACCGCCGCCAACAUGAGCAGCAACGGCAAUGACCAGUCGAACCCGAGCACCUUGUCGGGCAUGCUCUCGACCCUUGCCCCGGUCGCACUCGUCUCGGCAGUCUACAUUUCCAUCUUCCUUGUGCUCAGGAAGAGCCAGAGACGCUACUAUGCCCCGAGAACCUACCUCGGCAGCCUGCGGGAAGGCGAACGCUCGCCUCCCCUGCCCAGCGGCCUGUUCAACUGGGUCAGCCGCUUCUGGAAGAUCCCCGAUGUCUACGCGCUCCAGCACCAGUCUCUCGAUGCCUACCUCUACAUCCGCUACCUGCGCAUGGCCCUCGUCAUGUGCCUUGUCGGCUGCUGCAUCACCUGGCCUAUCCUCUUCCCCGUCAACGCCACGGGCGGCGGCGGCCAGAAGCAGCUCGACAUCCUGUCGUACGCCAACAUCGACCGGGAAAACCGCUCCAACCGCUACUACGCCCACGUCUUCGUCGGCUGGCUCUACUUCGGCUUCAUCAUGUACAUGAUCACGCGCGAGUGCAUCUUCUACAUCAACCUGCGCCAGGCCUUCCUGUUGAGCCCCUUCUACGCCAACCGCAUCUCCUCCCGCACCGUCCUCUUCACCUCCGUCCCGGACCCGUACCUGAACGAGGCCCGCCUGCGCAAGGUCUUUGGCCCCGCCGCCAAGAACAUCUGGAUCACCGCCGACACCAAGGAGCUCGACAAGCUGGUCGAGGAGCGCGACAAGGUCGCCAUGCGCCUCGAGAAGGCCGAGGUCAAGCUGAUCAAGCUUGCCCACAAGGCCCGCCAGGAGGCCAUCAAGAAGAAGAAGGGCGCCUCUGCCGAGGAGCCCGACAUGGACCCCAUCGUCGCUGACGCCGAGUCCGGCAGCAUCGCCGCCCGCUGGGUGCCCCAAAAGAAGCGCCCGACCCACCGCCUCGGGCCCCUGGGCCUGGUCGGCAAGAAGGUCGACACCAUCAACUGGUGCCGUGCCGAGCUCGAGCGCCUCAUCCCCGAGGCCGAGGCCGCCCAGGCCAAGUACCGCGCCGGAGGCUACAAGAACAUCCCCGGCGUCUUCAUCGAGUUCAGGACCCAAUCGGACGCCGAGCGCGCCGCCCAGAUCCUCGCCCACCACCAGGGACUGCACAUGAGCCCCGGCUACAUCGGCAUCCGGCCCGGCGAGAUCGUCUGGAAAUCGCUGUCCAUCCCCUGGUGGCAGAAGGUCAUCCGCCGCUAUGCCGUCAUCGCCUUCAUCUCCGCCAUGAUCCUCUUCUGGGCCAUCCCCGUCGCCUUCGUCGGUGCCGUCAGCAACAUCACCUACCUCGAGAGCCUCUCCUUCCUCACCUGGCUGCAAAAGAUCCCGUCUGUCAUCAUGGGCGUCGUCACCGGCCUGCUCCCCUCCGUCUUGCUAUCCGUUCUGAUGUCCUUGGUGCCCAUCGUGAUGCGCUUGUGUGCCAAGCUGGCCGGAGAGCCUUCUGAUUCCAGGGUCGAGCUGUUCACCCAGAAUGCCUACUUCGCCUUUCAAGUGAUCCAGGUCUUCCUGGUCACUACCCUGGCCUCGUCCGCCACGGCCGUCGCCAAGCAGAUCGUCGAUAACCCCGCAAGCGCCACCACCAUCCUGGCCAACAACCUCCCCAAAUCCUCCAACUUCUAUAUCUCGUACUUUAUCGUCCAGGGCCUAAGCAUUGCCACCAGCGUGCUGACCCAGGUCGUCGGCUUCUUCAUCUUCACUCUGCUGUACAAGUUCUUGGCCAACACCCCACGCACCCUCUACCAGAAAUGGUCCACCCUGAGCGCCAUCUCGUGGGGUAGCACCAUGCCCGUCUACACCAAUAUCGUGGUUAUCGCCAUCACCUACUCGUGCAUCGCCCCGUUGAUGCUCGGCUGGGCCACCGUCGCCAUGUUCCUCUUCUACUUUGCCUGGCGCUACAACGUUCUGUUCGUGACCGACACGCAGGUCGACACGCGCGGGCUCAUCUACCCGCGGGCCAUCAAGCAGCUCUUCACCGGCCUGUACCUGGCCGAGGUGUGCAUGAUCGGCCUCUACGGCGCGUCCGUCGCCCCGGGCCCGCUCGUCCUCAUGGUCGCCUGCCUCGUCUUCACCGUCCUCUUCCACAUCUCCCUCAACUCGGCCCUCAACCCGCUCCUCUACAACCUGCCGCUGACCCUCCUGGCCGAGGAGGAGUCCGGCCGCCUGCUCGACCCGGAGAAGACCGUGUCCGCGGAGCCGGUGGCCAGCACCGCCGAGAGCACCGCCGAGAACAAGGCCGGCAGCAAGGAGGACCGCGCCGCCGAGGACCUCGACGCGACCGAGGCCCGGGUGCGGGAAGCCCGCGAGGCCCGCAAGGCCGCCGCCGCCGGCGGCAACCCGUUCACGCGCUUCCUCAAGCCCUGGGUCUACGCCGACUACGCCGUCCUGCGCCGGCUGGUUCCCCGCAGCCUCGACCUGGACCCCUACCCGGACGAGGUCGCCGCCAACGCGUACUACCCGCCCUCGGUCACCAGCACCCCGCCGCUGCUGUGGGUGCCCCGCGACGCCGCCGGCGUCUCCAGGCAGGAGGUCGCCCACUCCGGCCGCGUCAUCCCCAUCACGGACGAGGGCUGCGAGCUGGACGAGAAAGGCCGGCUGGUCUGGGACCGCGAGAAGACGAGGCCGCCCGUCUGGGAGGAGAAGAUUUAUUAUUAAAGAAAGAAAGAAAAAACGGCAUGCAUCCCCAAGGGAAAAGGAAAGAAGGGUGUAUCUCUGGAUCUUCCAAACACCCCGCUCUUACAACACUUCUGUCGGGAGGGGGAAGCCACAAGGGCAGUGUGGAAGAAGAGAGCGUGAGAGGGAGCAGGUGUGGCCUGUUUGUUUUGAAAAGUGACUGUGACGUGCUCAGUCAUGAUGGGUCGAAGAAGGGGAAAAGGGGGGGGUUGAUGUGUAUGGUGAAUGACUUGUGUGGAUGGAUACCCAGAUACGAUGGAAGCUGAAUCUGAACCGAUCAGGUGUUUGUUGGUGUCAGAUAACAUUCUCUAUGCCCAUGCCCAUACAAAGGGGGUAAUAUAAUCUAAUUUUACAUUGCUACUCACAGGCGCGGCCCCGUGCCAGAGACGUGAUAGUGCCUGCUCCCGAGCAGCGUGCCUACGACGGAGUAGGAGGGGGCAGACAGACAAACAAACCUCGACUGGUAGGUAGGUAAGCGUGGCGGCGACAGGGGUUCACACACGCGGCCCGCCGCCCGCCGCCCGCGCGUGUGGGCGCCGGAUGCAUCGAGAUGUAGCGUGGCUGACGACCGACAAGGUCUCGGCACUGAUGGGGCUAGAGAUGGAAAGAGAUGGGGAAGAUGCGGGUAUGGUCCAAUAAUCGAAGGUGAGGAGGAAAAAGGGGGAAGGGGCUCACGAUGGCUGGCUUGAUUUUUCGCAACCGAUGAACGUGACGUGACCUCUGUCGUGCAUUAUACUCCUGUUGCUUACAGUGUAGGGUCAAGUGUUCCUCCCCGCGUGUAUAUGUAUAUGUAUGUGGCCGUACAUCGGGUCACGAGAGCAAC